AUGAGCUCGUGUCAAGAUCUCGACCUUCUCAAGUGGUGUACAAGUGAAGGCCACCACGAGCUGUCCAAUUACAUCCCAGUCUCGUCUCUACCUGAGCACCUGUACGGAACCUGCCAGUACAGCCACGUUGCCUGGAUACAGUCCUGCGUCAACACSCACACCGCCCCRGGCGACGCGCACGCACACCCGCACGACACACACGACUGCGUGGGCAGCCUGUUGCUCUCCUACAGCCUGGAGCCUCACAACGCUAACGCCGCCGCUACGUUAGCCGCUACGCAAACCUCCAUAGGCUCCCACUCAGAUUCKCCGUUGCCGUUAGCCUCCGAGCUAGCGUUAGCGGCUACGGCUAACUCCAACUGCUACGACGAUAGUAAUGCUAACCCACACGUCCGCUGCGGYACGGUGAACGGCAGGACUCGAGGUCAGGGCAGCCCCCGGCGCUCUGGUCCACAGAGGAACCACCAACACUGGAACGGCUCUGCUGGUAGCUGCGGGGUCGGCUCUGGGUUCGGGGUUAAUAACGUUGUCGGGGCGGCGGUGGCGUCCGGGGUUGUUAGCGGCGUGAACGGUCGUCAGCCACCGCCCCAGUCGGACACGCCCCCGGACACACCCCUCCACCACAAAGUAGUAGGAAUUCCGAUGAGUGACGGGUCAGAAACCCUCGACGACGGAACAACGAACGAGGAAGAGGACGGAAAUGAGGAUGAGGAUGAGGUAGAAGGGGUUCCUCCUCUCCCCCAGAAGUCUCUCCCGCGYCACCCUCACCUCCCGCCGUCCCAGUGUCCCUCACUCUCGUCGUCGUGCGGCGCGUCGCAGCCGGACGAGGACCCCGGCGAGGACCCUUGUCCCCAGGAAGAGGUGUCCGUACACAUGCCUGACGGGGUAGGGAUGAACGUGUUGGAGCUGGUGGAGCACGUCAAGAAGAGGAAGAAGAAGGGAAUCUACCAGGAGUACGAAGAGAUACGCAAGGAGACUCCUACUGGUAGCUUUGACUACAGCAAG